AUGCAAUCCUCAAAUUAUACGCGAAAAAUCGGUGUCUGCUGCUCACAUCUAUCUAUCUAUCUAUCUAUCUAUCUAUGUUUUUGUUUCUCUUUUACAACCCUUUGCCUUUCUUUCUCUCCAUGCUCUUUCGCUUUCGUUUCUGAUUUCCAUCACCUUCUCUAUCUUUCUCUUCAUCUUCUCUCGCUUUCGUUUCUCAUUCCCAUCUCCUCUUUCUUUCUUUCUUUCUUUCUUUCCAUCCUCUCUCUCUUUUGUUUCUCAUUCCCAUCACCUUCUCUUUCUUUCUCUUUAUCCUCUCUCUCGCUUUUGUUUCUCAUUCCCAUCACCUUCUCUUUCUUUCUCUCUAUCCUCUCUCUCAUUGUUUCUCAUUUCUAUCACCUUCUCUUUCUUUCUCUUUAUCCUCUCUCUCGCUUUUGUUUCUCAUUCCCAUCACCUUCUCUCUCUUUCUCUCUAUCCUCUCUCUCAUUGUUUCUCAUUUCUAUCACCUUCUCUUUCUUUCUCUAUAUCCUCUCUCUCUUUCGUUUCUCAUUUCCAUCACCUUCUCUUUCUUUCUCUAUAUCCUCUCUCUCUUUCGUUUCUCAUUUCCAUCACAUUCUCUUUCUUUCUCUCUAUCGCCUCUCUCCUUCGUUUCUGAUUUCCUCUUUCCUUCACGCUAUCCUCUCUGGUUUUCGCUUCUUAUUCCCAUCUCCUCUCUUUCUUUCACUCCAUCCUCUCUAA